AGCUUGUGUAGUGCUGAUAUAUAAAAAACAACUGGAGUAACUAACUCGCAGGUGAACAGCAGAGCUUCAGUCCACUGCUGCUUGCAGACAGACAUAAACGAGCGCGCGGGGGGAGGAAACCUCACGACUCACCACAACAACCAACCGUCUGACUCCUAAACAGGUUUUCAGAUUCCUGAGUAGGGUAUAAAAAAAUCUCCGGGUCUGACCUGAAAAUCUGCGGACUGACUGUAAGGGGCAUGCGUGCAGCGCAGCUACAGAGGAACUCUUUAUGAACGGGCUGAAGUGCCAAGAAGGAUUUCCAUUUCUCCCACAGCUCCGGCUUUCUUCUCGCUGUAGCGCAGGAACGACGCGUGCUUUACUGGACUUAUAAUCGACCAGCGAAUUUUCAGGCUGAUGAAGCACUUUGUCAGCCCUUAUAUUGUUCUUUGCUUUUCUGCAGCCCAGCGAGAAACCUGCAAAACAACAUUGUAGUGCAGCGGUGAUGGACAUUCGCUUUGGCGUCUCGGUUAUGCACGCAUUGGAGUCAUUGUGCUUUUUUUCAAAGGCGCUACUUCUGCACACAUCUCUCGCUCGCCUGACUUUCUUUAAAGCUUAAAAUGUUUUGUCGGUGUGUGUGAGCGAUGGCGUCCGAACCGCACCAGGUGACGGAGAGGUUAUCUGCACGUUUGGACCUGUUCGCGUGGAUAAUGAGAAUUUAUGCCACAGGUGAAUGAAUAUUUUCUGUUUUGAAGCCGCUUUCUGACUCUGGCAUACAACUCGAGAGGGCUGCACGGUGAACAAUGGAUCUCAAAGUGGAAACCGAAGAAAUGGAGUCAAAUCAACCUCCACCCAUAGAAGUUUUUGCGCACAGCUCGACCCUGCACGGAAUCUCUCACAUCUUCACGUACGAGCGGUUCUGCGUCAAACGCUGCCUGUGGCUCGUGUUUUUCUUGGGCUCUCUGACCUUCUUGCUGUACGUGUGCGUGGACCGGAUCCACUUCUACCUCGAGUACCCUCACGUCACCAAACUGGAUGAGGUCACGACCCCGAUCAUGACGUUCCCCGCCGUCACUUUCUGCAACCUGAACGCUUUCCGCUUCAGCCGCGUGACGCGCAACGACCUGUACCACGCAGGGGAGCUGCUGGCCCUUCUCAACCAAAGGUAUGAGAUCAGAGACAUGCACCUGGUGGAGGAGAGCGUUCUGGAGAGUCUCAAGGUCAAAGCCGACUUCCACAACUUUAAACCGCGACCCUUCAACAUGCGGGAAUUCUACGACCGUACCGGCCACGAUAUCAGUGACAUGCUGCUCUCCUGCCACUUCCACGGCACCGAGUGCAGAGCAGAGGACUUCAAAGUGGUCUUCACUCGCUAUGGGAAGUGUUACACCUUUAACGCUGGCGGUGAUGGGCGCACUCCCCUCAUCACCACCAAGGGAGGUAUGGGUAACGGCCUCGAGCUCAUGCUGGACAUUCAGCAGGAUGAAUACCUGCCAGUCUGGGGAGAAACAGAUGAGACUUCGUUUGAAGCGGGGGUCAAAGUUCAGAUCCACAGUCAGGACGAGCCGUCCUUCAUUGACCAGCUCGGAUUCGGAGUGGCACCCGGGUUCCAGACAUUUGUUUCCUGUCAGGAACAGAGGCUGAUAUAUCUCCCCCCACCCUGGGGAGACUGCAAGGUGACGCCAAUGGAGUCGGACUUCUUUGACACUUACAGCAUCACAGCCUGUCGCAUUGACUGCGAAACGCGCUACCUGGUGGACAACUGCAACUGUCGCAUGGUGCACAUGCCUGGCGAUGCCCCCUACUGCACCCCCGAGCUGUACAAAGAAUGUGCUGACCCAGCUCUGGAUUUCCUGGUGGAAAGAGACAAUGAUUUCUGUGUGUGCGAGACGCCGUGCAACAUGACCAGAUACAGCAAAGAGCUGUCUUUUGUCAAGAUCCCCAGCAAGGCCUCUGCUAAAUAUCUUGCAAAAAAAUACAACAAAUCUGAGCAGUACAUUAAGGAAAAUAUCCUGGUUUUAGAUAUCUUCUUUGAAGCUCUCAAUUAUGAAACUAUUGAACAGAAGAAAGCAUAUGAAGUGGCUGGACUUUUAGGUAUAGCUUCAUUUCUAUUAUAUAACAUAGACUGCUUACGUUUUUUGUCUUCAUGCAUUUGUUAUGAAUAUGCUUUCAUUUCAGGUGAUAUUGGUGGUCAGAUGGGACUUUUUAUUGGUGCAAGUAUACUGACUAUUCUGGAGAUAUUUGACUACCUUUAUGAGGUAAUGAAGUACAAACUGUGCCGCUGCUCCGAUAAGAAGCACAAGCAUAACAACAACAAUGACCAGGGAACGGUCCUGAGCUUAGACGAUGUCAAGUGUCACGUCAGUAACUUUCACUAAGCUUCUGCAGCCGGGGGCAGAGAGCCGCCGCACUCUCUCGCUUGUGAGCAGCUUCGUGGACUUUGUUCUUUGCAGGUUUUCUUUCUUUUCCCACUGCUGGAACAACAGAGGAAGUGCGUGAACUGUGCCUGAUUAAGGUGUGUAAGCGACAUGAUGAAAUAGGGACGUGUGGCUGAGGUAGGCAGACGGCCACAGCGACGCGAGGGCAGGAGAACCAAGAGAAAUAAAACUAAAAAAUGUUAGAAUAACUGCAUGGUCUUCUGUAAACACCUUUUCAAGACGUAGUAACAGAUACAGUUAAAGGUUACACAGAUUCAUUAUAUGUUCAGUAAAUCAGUGUUAGAAAUCCCAGCAAUGUGGUGUCAGUUUGACUGUUUUUGUGUGAAAUAGUUGUUAAUUUACAGGAAUUUUUGUUUGGACUAAACCAGCUUUCUCUUUUACUUACAGCUGUCUUCCCCUGUUAAACUACGCAUUUUGCCAUCAUACUGUACUACCUCGUCUCGCAGGAUGACAGUGCUAAAAAUAAUUUAAGUAAAACUGACUGACAAAAAGGUAACUGCCAUGUAGAGUAGGCGGACAUUAAAGAAAGCCCAACAUUUUCUUGAAAAGUAGUCGCAGGCGGUUUUCACAGAAAGCAUUUUGAUGUGUCACAAUAGGUAAAAGCACAAAUGUAAGGAUAGCUGAGAUCCAUUUACUUUAAUUAUGGGUUCCUGCAGCUGGAUGAAUAAAACGUAAUAAAAUCUCGCUUCCCACCGUCACCACGUGCUUGCUCAGAGGGCAUCAUCUGUUCACUGCGGUUCUGUCUUUCUUAUUGUAGGGUCUUUACCUUACAAUAUAAAGCACAGUCACACAUCUUUAGUUGUGAAGGGGCACUAUGUAAAUGAGACCUAAUUGAACUUUUUAAGCCCAAUAAAAAUUUGUACACCCCGAAUUUGUAUUUAAUGUUAUAGAUGUUAAAUUGCUCAUAUUAGUGUAGCUAGGUCUGUUUGUAAAUAGAAAAAGAUUAAAUAAUAAGAGUAAGUGUAAGCUCUGCGAAAGUAACUGUUUUGUUUUAUGGUAGUUAUUUUCUGUUACAUAAAUCCUGAGGUAAUGGUGGAUGGUCAUAAUAAACAUGGCCAGAGUUUCAGAUAUGUGUAAAUAAUCCCUGCUAGCAAAAAGGCAGCUUUAAACUAGUUCAGACCCCACUGUCAUAAUAACUUGAGAUAUCAGGACAAACCUUCUAUUUGCAAAAGGCAGCCAAUCAGACGAAAGCUGGCUGAAUUGGAGAAGCGCUAAGAGUUUUUCUUCCCUUGAAGAGAGGGAAUAUACAAUUGGUUACAUUUGCUUGUCUGUCUGUUAACAGUUUAGCCUCUGCAGUUUUCAAGAUAUUAUUUUCAAUUGUUUGUGAUGGUAGAUACCAAUAACAGCUCAAGCUGAUUUCAUUUAGGUGGAAAUCAGUAAAAACGUUAUAUUACCCAAUGUUUUUAAUGGCUCGUCUUCAAACUUCACAA